AUGAUCAGAGCAAAACAACGGCUUUCUCAGAUCGUCGCGGCCAUCCAAAUUAUCUCUGUUGCUCUUUCUCAUUCCAUCCAGACACAUCUAUUGUAUUUACCCCCUCUCACCUGGAAGGGGGCUCAAUCGCGCGGGCGCCCUCCUCGAGUCGUCCGCUCAUCGCCGCCUCUCUCCCUCUCUCUGAGGGGCUCUCAUUCUUGCUCCCUCACAGGAGCAAACUCUUCGGCCACCACCGUAUGUAGAUACAUUCUCUUCGUUUUUCUUCUGCUCUCCUCCCGGUCAUAUCUCAUACACAACACCCCUCCAAUACGUACAAAUACACAAUAUAACAACAUACAGACACUUCUCUCUCUCUUCCCGACUAUUCAUUCCAAACAUUUUUUGUUAUUCAUGGUCCUUUACCAGUUACUUUUUCUACUCUUUUUCCGUAGAGUAAAUGGGCUCACUUUUCCACCAACAUCUCCAAUUUCCCAUAUAUAUUGUCUUCAACCAUAUGUACCCGAAAAUGCUCAUGUGAUAUUUAAUGAGCCUGGACCGUACGCAACGGAUACUGUUGCAAAAUACAGUUGUGCCCUUGGAUUCGAUUUAAUUGGUUCAGAAGAACGAACGUGCCUUUCCGAUGGAUCCUGGUCUGAUGAGCCACCAAUUUGUGCAAUUGACGUUGCAUACAAUAAGCCUGUGACUCAAUCAUCCGGUAAUGUGGCAAUGUCGCUUGGUGGCACAAUGUGCACAAUGACUAAUGAUGAGUCAAAGUCAUUUUGGGAAGUUGAUCUACUUGGUGACUAUUCCAUACGAUCAAUCUCAAUGAGAUUGGGUACAAAAUCAUCACCAAUUGUAUCUGUGGAAGCGAUCGAAACUGGUGGAGCUGUACAUCAAUGCAUAGUAGAUUCUUCACUGUUCACAAUAAAUACGACAACUUCAAUCAGUUGUUCAUAUGACAAUAUAUCCCGUCUCCGAAUCACCGCCACCCGCCGUUUACAUCUUUGCCAAGUGAAUGUAUAUGCAGUGAAUGCCGUAUCACCAUGGCAAUGUGCUCAGAGUCAAAUGGAAGUUGUUGGAGUUUUUGGUGGAAUGUGCUAUGCAGCAAGUCGUGAUGAGCAAACCGAUUGGUUGGGUGCACAGAGAAAAUGUCUGGACAGAGGAUCAACUCUUCCACUUCGAAUUGAUGAUUCUACUCGAAGAGGUCUUCGAUCAGCUCUAUCAGCCUCAUCUUCAGCAAAAGCAUUUUAUUGGAUUGGAGCAUCAUCAUCAAUGACUGAAUGGAGAUGGGUUGAUGGUGAAGGAGUUGGAGAUAGUGCUGAUUGGCCGGGUCAACCAUCUCCAGUUCCAUCUGCUUCAGAAGCUGUUCUUCUUGCACGUCCACUAGAAUGGAAAUGGGUUCCCGCAUCUCAAACAGCAUGGAACUCAUUUUUAUGUCAAUCGAAACCAAAGUUUUGUACCUCACCGGGAGUAGGAGAAGCCACUAAAGUCACAUUUUCGUCACAUUCAUAUGCGAUUGGAACAUUAUGUUUUUAUUCUUGUGAUUCUGGAUAUGAUCUUCAUGGAAUUAGACAAAGAGAAUGCGCAGAGAAUGGAAGAUGGACUGGAAGUAUACCGAAUUGUUAUCGAAAAUCGUGCGGAGCAGUAAGGCAAUGGAAAUUCGGAAGAAUAAAGCUUCUGAACAAAACGACUCUUUUCGAAAGUGAAGUAGAAUAUGAAUGUUCAAAUGGUUGGCACCUUGCCAACUCGCCAUCUCCAUCUUAUCGAUCACUUCGUCGAGUAUGUCAAUCAGAUGGAAUAUGGAGUGGAUCAGAGCCGACAUGUGAGCUUGUAGACUGUGGAAGACCUCCUUUGAUUGCAAAUGGAAGAGUUGAUGUCGAGUCAUCAACUUUCGAGUCAGCAGCGAAUUACACGUGUCAUCAAGGAUUUCGAUUAAUUGGACCAGAAUCUCUAAUGUGUGGAGAUCGAGGAGAAUGGCAACCAGCGACUCCAUUUUGUUAUGACAUUGCAACACUUCAAGAAAUCAGAGGAUCAACAUCACAUGAACAUUCAAAUGAUAACAGUUCUGAUAGUACAAUUGCAAUGGCUGUUCUUGCAUCAGUUAUUGUUGCAAUUUUAUGUUAUGGUAUUACAAAGUUUGCAAAAUCGACGAAUCACUCAAAUGGAGAUUUAUCAAUAUCUCGUGAUAAAUUGAAUGCAUCAAAUGCUGCAAUUUAUGCAACGCCGUCAAUUCCACCACAAAGACCAGAUUCAGUAAUUUACUAUGCUCCAACUGUUGCUCAUAUGGAGGUACCACCCCAUCUACUUCAACUUCAACAAUUACCAAAUGGAAACAUCCACGUCACACUUCCAAUUGGUCGUCAAAUGGGUCGUCCUUCACUUCCCCCUUCAAUGUUAUUCAAUCCAUCCAUACCACCACCAUCACCGACUCCAUCUCAAAUAUUGUACUCAUUCGACCACGAACCGAUUUAUGACACUCCACCUGAUACGAUACCGUAUCAACCAGAAAGUGUAUACGAACGUCUUCCCGAUCGACCGGCACCUCCUCCUCCGAUUCCAAUCCGAGCAGAGAGCGGCGGUAAUGGAAUUGAUCUACCGUUACCGCCACCGCCCCUGUUACCCAGAUAGUGUUUUUUCACCCAAUUCGUUAUAUCAUUCUUCUUCUUGAUUUCGAGUCCAACUUUCAAUUUAUAUGACGGGUUUCAGAACAUUUAUUUUCAUUAUUUUGAUGUAUAAUGUCUUUCAUUAAUUUUACAUAAAUUUAUUAAAAUCAAU